GACGCGGUCCGGGUAGCGCCGGGCCGAGCGCGGAGCCAUGGGUCGGACCGGGACCGGGACCCGGGGCGCGGCGGGGGCGGCGGCGGUGGCCGGGCCGCUGCUGCUGCUGCUGCUCGCCCGGGCCCCGCCUGCCGCUGCCGGCGACGGCAGGAAGAGCGACGUCCGGCUGGUAUCGGAGCAGUUCUCACAGUCCCCGCAGAAGCUGUCUUUCUACAGCUGGUAUGGCAGCGCCAGGCUCUUCCACUUCCGCGUGCCCCCCGACACCGUGCUGCUGCGCUGGCUGCUACAGGUGUCCCGGGGCAGCGGUCCUGCGUGCUCGGACGUGGAGAUCACCGUGUACUUCCGCUACGGCGCCCCUCCCGUCAUCAACCCUCUGGACACCAGCUUCCCUGCCAACACCUCCGUGCAGCCCUCCUUCUUCAUCAAGAUGCUGCAGAGCAAUGCUUCCGUUAACCUGUCCCACCCAGCGCCCGGGGACUGGUUUGUGGCUGCCCACCUGCCGCCCUCAUCCCAGAAGAUUGAGGUGAAGGGUUUCGUUCCCUCCUGUGCCUACGCCUUCCAGCCUGACAUGCUUGUGCUGCGGGCAGUCGAGGUGUUCAUCCUGGAGCCUGGUGUGCCCCUUCCACAGACUCUCCUCUCCCAGCCCAGCUACCUCAAAAUCUUCAUCCCUGCGUACACCCAGGAGCUGCGGCUGGAGCUGCAGGGCUGCGCGACCAAUGGGAGCCUGGGCUGCCCUGUGCGCCUUACCGUGGGCUCAGCCACCCUGCCCAGAAACUUCCAGAAGGUGCUCACUUGCGUUAGCCCCGGCUGGGCCUGCCACCUGCUGUUGCCCUCGCCGCCCUGGGACCGCUGGCUGCAAGUGACAGCCAGGAGCCUGGUGGGGCCUCAUGUGUCGGUGGCUUUCAGGGCUGUGGCUGCCCUCACAGCCUGCAGGCCAUGGACUCUGAACUUCCAGCACCUCUUGCAGAGCGGCACCAACCAGAGCUCUAACGCCUCCUCUGGCCUGCUGCCCCCCAGCCCUGGCUCGCGUGGCCCAGGCAGGAGCGGCGGGCUGGGCGGCGGGCCCUUCUGCCUCAGGAGCUACCCGGUCAUCCGGGAGGACAUGGACGUGGUGUCUGUACGCUUCCGGCCUGUGGACAGGGCCUCACUGCUGGUGCGGCCAGCUGUGCCCUCGGUGCUGCAGCUGCACCUCAACACGGGCAUGGACAGUGGCGGCGCCCUCACCGUCUCCCUGCAGGCCAACCAGACCGCGGUCACCAACAACACCUUGGUAGCGGUGUGCGUGAACGCUGCCUCUCCCUUCCUCAGCUUCAACACGUCGCUCAACUGCACGACAGCCUUCUUCCAGGGCUACCCCCUGUCUCUGAGCGCCUCGUCACGCAAGGCCGACCUCGUCAUCCCCUACCCAGAGACAGACAACUGGUACCUCUCCCUGCAGCUCGUGUGCCCCGAGAGUCCUGAGGAGUGUGAGCAGGCCUCGGUCCUGGUGGACACCACCUUGUACCUGGUGCCCUGCCUGAACGACUGCGGACCCUACGGCCAGUGCCUCUUGCUGCGUAGACACAGCUACUUGUACGCAGGCUGCAGCUGCAAGGCAGGCUGGCGUGGGUGGAGCUGCACGGAUAACAGCACAGCCCAGACGGUGGCCCAGCAGAGGGUGGCCACCCUGCUCCUCACCCUCAGCAACCUCAUGUUCCUGGCUCCCAUUGCCAUCUCCGUGCACCGCUUCCUCCUGGUGGAGGCCUCCGUCUACGCCUACACCAUGUUCUUCUCCACGUUCUACCAUGCCUGUGACCAGCCCGGGGAGGCGGUGCUGUGCAUCCUCAGCUAUGACACGCUGCAGUACUGUGACUUUCUGGGCUCUGGCGUGUCCAUCUGGGUCACCAUCCUCUGCAUGGCGCGGCUGAAGGCAGCCCUGAAACACGUCCUGUUUCUCCUGGGCACCCUGAUCUUCGCCAUGUCCUUGCAGCUGGACCGCAGGGGUGCCUGGAAUAUGAUGGGGCCUUGUCUCUUUGCCUUUGUGGUUAUGGUCACCAUGUGGGUGUACCGCUGCGGGCACCGGCGCCGCUGCUACCCCACCUCCUGGCAGCGCUGGGUCUUCUACCUCCUGCCCGGCAUCUCCAUGGCCGCUGUGGCCGUGGCCAUCUACACCUCUAUGAUGACCAGUGACAACUAUUACUACACCCACAGCAUCUGGCACAUGCUGCUGGCAGGAAGUGCGGCCUUCCUGCUCCCGCCGCGAGAGCAGCACACCGAGCCCUGGGCCUGCUCGCAGAAGCUCACGUGCCGCUACCAGAUCUGUAAGAGCCACCGAGAGGAGCUGUACACGGUGACGUGACGUGGCCGGCUCCGGGACACCCGCGGCUGUGAUGAUGACCUCUCUGGCCGGGGCAGGACCAAGGGAGAGAAGGGCCUGUCCGGACUGAUUUCCAGCUGAAUAAAAUUGCCCUGCGCA